AUGCGUUCAUUACUUUUGUUAGGUAUUAUUGGCUUCACCGCUGCACAGUACUAUCCAACGAAUCCAAAUCCAUUCCCGUUCCCAAUUCCUGUUGCCGGGCUUCAAGAUCUUCUUAGAUUACAGAAUGAUCUCAAUCUGACCAGAAAGCAGUAUGAAGACGGAAUGAACAAAUGGGCGAAAGAAAAUGGAGUGGAGGAACUGUACGCGAAUUACACAAAACAGCAGGAAGAAGAGAAGAAUGAACUCGAAGAAGGUUUGAAGCAAAUAUCCAGAUACUUCAGAAAGAAUAGAGAGCUUCAAAAUAAUACGUCGAUCACGUACGCACAAGCAGAGAAGAACAGACAGAAGUUCUUGGCUAAACUUACACCGAAACAAAAAGUAGCUAAACAAUUUCUAGAGUGCCUGUUUACUCCAACAAGUGCGAAGGAUUGUUUCCGACCAAUGGGACCUUUCCCAGUAGGACCUGGACCAGUGGUACCGGGCCCAACAGGACCAGAAACUGAGGUACCAGGCCCAACGGGACCCGGGCCCGUGAUCCCAGUGCCAACGGGACCUGGACCAUACGGACCUGGUCCAAUGAACCCAUACGGACCUGGUAUAAUGAACCCAUAUGGACCUGGUACGAUGUACCCUUACGGACCUGUUCCAACGAAUCCAUACGCACCAUUCUUUCCUCGAUUUACAUUGAUCACGAAAGAUUUUAACACCAUGAGUUAA